UUCUCUUAAAGCAGUGCAAUUUAGUAGUGAUCAUGAGUUCAUGAUCUUCCAAAUGUGACUCUUAGGUGGUACUUGUUCUUAGCCAAUCAAACAAAGUCUUCUCUCUGAAGACUGGAGAACAUAUUGAGAGAUUCAUUCAACACAACAAUCUGAACAAGAUGGACAUCCUGUGGUGUGCUUUUUGUCUGACUUCUCUGUUCUUGGGAAGAAUAGCUGAGAUGACUGAUCUGAAAUCGCCCAUAUCUGUACGUCAAGACAGUGGUUUUGUGUCAGUUGAUGUUGGUAACAACUUAACCAUGCAAUGUUUCUAUGAAGGCAAUGCGGCAAUGUUUUACUGGUUUAAGCAAACUUUUGGGCAGAAACCAAGGCUCAUCUCCUCCUUCUAUAAACAUGAAGAAAAUGGUGUCUUUCAUAACAAAUUUAAGAACAAUUCUCGUUUCACACUAAACACAGGAAAUGGUAAAAAUCACUUGACUAUCUCAGAUUUACACAUUUCAGACUCAGCUACUUACUUCUGUGCGAGUUUAAAUGCAUACAAACUUGAAUUUGCAAAGGGUAUGAUUGUUAGUGUGAAGGGUUCAGGUCUGAGCAUCCCAGCUUUAGUCCGUCAGUCAACGUCCGAGACCAUCCAGCCAGGAGGCUCUGUGACUCUGAACUGUACAGUACACACUGGGACCUGUGAUGGAGAACACAGUGUUUACUGGUUCAAAAACUCUGAAGAAUCUCAUCCAGGAUUCAUUUACACCCAUGGAAGCAGGAAUGAUCAGUGUGAGUGGAAACCCAACACACAAACACACUCCUGUGUUUACAAUUUGCCAAUGAAGAACCUGAAUGUUUCUCAUGCUGGGACCUUCUCCUGUGCUGUUGCCUCAUGUGGACACAUACUGUUUGGAAAUGGAAAAAAGAUGGACUUUGAGAGAUCUGCAGAUAAAGUGGAAUCUUUUAUCUUCGUGUAUUUUUUGAUUGGAGCUUUGGUAUUCGUCAUGAUCGUGGUUGUUAUACUGGCGUAUGGAGCAUAUACAAUGAAAAACCGAAACAGCUGCCAAUGUACAGACUCAAGAUCUUCAGCUGCCUUGACUCCAAAUGCAGAGCACUGCCAAGAUCCAGACAACCUCCAUUAUGCUGCUUUGAAAGUCAACAGACAAACAAGACAGAGGGUUGAUCCACAAAGUGAAUGUGUGUAUUCCAUUGUAAGGCAGUAGGCGCUGUACAUAAUAUUUGUAUGCUUUCUACUUUGUUUCUGUGAUUUCUUUCAAAAAUAGGAGCAUUGCUGUCAGUUUACAUCUCAGUAAACUAGAUGUAAAGCAAUGAAUGAAACUAAUAAAAACUUGUUUUCAUUGCGAUCAGCAGCCAAGCUUUCUUGAUGCACUGAUGUUGUCAAAUGUGCUGUUUUUCGACUUUCACUAUAACAUGUUUACAAUGUACAAACACAACU